AUGACCACAGGUACUUCAAUUAGGAUUUCAUCAAUGGUGGAGGACGCUACUCUCUCUCCUUUGGAGCGCGAGCGAAGAAGGAGUGCGGCACGGUCUGUGGCUGAUUUCCAAGACACUCUAGCCGGCUGCAUCAAGCUCGCUUUGGAGGAGAGUUGUCCCUUCGAGAGUUUUGAAGAGGAUCUUAACUACAUCGUGGGCUUCUUAAUCAAGAGGCUUGGCCAUACCGCGAUGAAACCCUACUUCCAGCGUAAGGAGGAAGUGAAGGAAGCGGUUCAACAGCUGCUCGUUCUUCGCGCGAAGAGUUCCACUCUCGUGGAUCUUGCAAUCAGCGAAGUCCGAGCAGCGGUGGAAGAACGCGAUCGCCGUCUGGACGAGACCAUGUCGCUGGAGGCGAAAUUGUCAGCAGAGUUGGAGCAGGCCAAGGCUGAGGAUGAACGAAUGGCCUUCGAGCGACAGAAGGCCGAUAACCGUGUCUCUCGUUUGUCUUCGGAGGUAGAGAAUCUGAAGCAGGUUAUAGCUAAGGCACAAGCUUCAUUGGCCAUUCAGGAGAAGGCUUGUGAACAGGCGGUCAAAGAGUUGGAAAGCAUUAAAUCUCGCCAGCAACUGACGGCUAAUUCCGUCGAGGAAAAGGCUCGAGCCUAUAGGGAGGUCAAAGAGACCGUCCAAGACUUGGCCUCACGCACUGAGGAAGACCUUCGCCAGGAGAUUUUGAGGAGGCUAGAGCAUCGCCAUGCUAGGGAGAUUCGUGAGGCGGAACUGCAGUUGAAAGCCUUGUAA